GCGGACCCGAUGGCAGGACAGGUCAUGAGAGAGCUGAGCCGAUGAGAUCAUGGAGCCUGCGCCGAGGUCGGACAGGGUACGGUUAGGACUUCACGGUGAUGGAGAGGUACCUGUCCGAAUCCAUGAUGUCCUGCACUGUAGCUGAAACCACAAUACCUCUGGCCUUUGUGUCUGGGAGCCCUGUAGCCAACAGUCACUGCCAUCUUCUUCUAAUAGAACUAAAUAAGACUCAGCCUAAAGCCCUAAACAAUCAGGGAUGGACAGGUGAAAACUAAGAGGCCGAGAUGUGGCCUUUAUUCUAAACCUUGUCUUUUAUUCUGGUUCCGUAAAGGGACAUAGAAAUAUCCCCAACCUUAACAGUUUCAUCUCAGAAGUCCACUUUUGCCAUAUAAAAAUAAUGCCUUUAAACAUUAGAGCCAAGCCUGCUCAGAGCAAGCUGUCUGCUGCCCCAAAGAGUAGUGGGCACACUGAUGGCAGCACAUCUCAUGCACGCUUUUCCAGAUCCCCCAAACAGGGCAAAGGCAAACAGGCUGUAAGCUCAGCACCAGGCUCCCGCUCGGGGCUAGAACCAGGCUCUGUGUCAGGGGGUGUGCCUGCCCCAGCAUCUAAAUUGGCAGGAGGUCAAGGCUCUGUGUCGAAGCCAGCUUCAAAGAUCAAACCUUCCACAGCAGCAGACAAAGGAGCAAGUCGUGGUUCAGCGACAGCUCCAGGGGGUAAAACCCUGUCUAUGGAGAACAUCCAGUCUUUGAGUGCUGCCUAUGCCACAUCAGGCACCAUGUACCCCUGUGAGCGAGAUUCCUUGGAACCCUCUGGUGGGUACCCGAAAGGCACCAUGACGCUGGGCAGGAGUACCAGCCGCUCCUCCUACACUAACCGAACACCUGCCAUGGGCAGUACCCCAAACAUCACCUCCUCUGGGUUACAUCAACAGUCAGACCCCUAUGGAGACCAAACCUUGCAUCCUGCAAGGACUUCCAGUCUGCGGCACCAGUCUGGGAGACAUCCACAGGCAUUGGAUUCGGCUGGACGGGGAGAGGUUUCCUCGUUUGAUCUACAGUCUCAGCUGAGGGAGCUGCAGAGGGAAAAUGACAACCUGAGGAGAGAACUGGAUGUAGGGAGGGAUGGAAGGACGGGCCCCAGCAUGAACAAUGUCAACUUCUGGACCCCAGAUGUGAAAAGAGACAAGGGGGUUCGGCGGGAGGAGGGAGUGAGGACCUCGGUUCUGAAGGACCAGUACAGGACAAACCAAGAGGAUUUGCAACCUGGGGAUAUCAGAAGAAACAAGCAGCUUCCGUUGACAGUUCAGGAGCUACAGGAGGAGCUGAGGGCUCACAGAGAGAUGAACAGCCGCUUGCAGCAACAACGACAGCAGGGGAACUCUGGCUCCCAUCGAGAAAUCCAUACAGACCAGGACCACAGAGGGGGGCUCAGCCCUGGCCACAGCCCCAGACAAAGCUCCAGCAACCUGCAUAGUCCUGGUCCAAAGAAUAGCCCGAGAGCCAGCCCAUCCAACACCUACAAUCCGAGGCAACAGGAAGCUGAUGUCAUCAUUCACAGCCCUGGUUAUGGCUGUAACACUGCAAUAGCUGUGCAGAGAAUCAGCCCUGCCAACACCCUUCAGCCUGGGCGGAGGAACGGCCCAAAUCAGCCCCUAUACACUCCCAGCCAAGGUCCGGUGGUAGCUCCCAGCUCUGGUUCACUCCGGCCCUGCAGCCCCUGCCAGGUGCCCGGGUGUGACGGCUUCUUCUCACCUCCGCCUCUGGAUCCAUCAGAGGAGAAUGUCUUCCGGAUGCAGGCAGAGCAUGAGCGGCAGGCCAAAGAGCUGUUCCUGCUGAGGAAGACCAUGGAAGAGAUGGAGAUGAGAAUCGAUUCUCAGAAACAGACUCUGGGCGCCCGGGACGAGAGCAUCCAGAGGCUGCUGGAGAUGCUUCAGGGCCAAGGCCAAGGUCAGGGACACUGGGGUCGGGGACAGCCGACAGGCAUCGUAACCAUGGCAGCACAGGAGGCUGAAUCGCAGCUGGAGAACAUGCAUGUGCGAGAGGAGCUCCAUCGCCGGAACCAGCUCCAGGCCGAUCCGGCCAAGACCAGGGCUCUGCAGACUGUCAUUGAUAUGAAGAACACCAACGCCCCUUUCUGUUUUGAUCCUGACGUUAUCUGGCAGGACACAAAGAUUUCUUCCCUGGAGAGGAACAUCAGAGACUUAGAGGAUGAGGUCCAGAUGUUAAAGACCAGCGGCCUGCUGCACCCCGAUGACAGGCACAAUGAGCUCAAGCAUGUGGAGGUCUACAAGAGCCAUUCUAAAUUCAUGAAAACUAAGGAGCAGGCCUUGUCACCAUGUGUGUCUUCCAUCAGAACAGCUCCCACCUUCUUCCUCCCUCCCCAACAUCCCUGGAUCACAGAACAAGCAGAAAUAGAGCAGCUGAAGCAGGAGCUGAACAGGAAGGAGUCGGAGAUGCAGGCCCUGCAGACCAAACUAGAAACACUGACCAAUCAGAAUUCAGACUGCAAGCAACACAUCGAGGUGCUAAAGGAGUCGCUCAGCGCCAAGGAGCAACGGGCCAAUACACUGCAGACAGAGGUAGAUGCUCUGCGGGUGCGUCUGGAGGAGAAGGAGCAGCUCCUGACCAAGAAGACCAAGCAGCUGCAGGACCUGACUGAUGAAAAGAGCACACUAACAGGAGAGAUCAGAGACAUGAAGGACAUGCUGGAUGUCAAGGAGAGGAAGGUUAAUGUCCUGCAGAAGAAGAUUGAGAACCUGUUGGAGCAGUUAAAGGAUAAGGACAAACAGCUGGCUGGGUUGAGGGAAAGGGUCCAGGGUCUUCAAACAGACUCCAGCAACACAGACACAGCCCUGGCCACACUGGAAGAAGCCCUAUCAGAAAAGGAGCGAGUGAUUGAGAAUCUGCGCGAGCAGAAGGAGCGGGAAGACAGGGUUCGGCUGGAGGAGCUGGAACAGAUGAGGAAGGAGAACCAGGUAUUAAAGGACAAACUUUCAGCCUUGCAGCCCCAGAAUCUGUCCCAGAGUCAGCCUGCUAACCCAGUCCUGACACAGAACCAGAGGCCUGAUGGAGAGGUGCCAGCCAAAGUAGAUGGGCUACCAGCAGGAAGCCCAACAACACAAAACACGGAAGAAGUAGUCCGGAAGUGUCCAGACAUCACAGAUCGUCUGAGGCUUCUGGAGCAGGAAGUUGCUCGCAACAAAGAGGAAUCUGGGAAGUCGCAAGUGGAGGUGGAGAGGCUAAUGACAGCUCUGAGGGAUGCUGAGAUGGACAAAUCGUGCAAGGAGAAGAAAAUUGCUGAUCUUGAGAGACCUGGGCAAAUCAACUCUCCUAACAUCCAGAAGCAGACAGUGGCGAGUGAGAUAAGGAAAGAUGCCCUGAUUGAUGGACAUCCACACUCUUUAUCACAGAAAACUUCCUCUUUCAGCUUCCCAGGAUGCCAUGUGGGAGACGGCGGAGCGGAUCAGGGAGUUGGAGAGGGCACUGAGGGAGAGCAUGAACACCUCCGCACAUAGAGAGGCUCUCUGGGCGCAAGAGGAGACUGCCCGUGUUCAGGCCCAAAGACAGUUGGAGGAACUGAUGGGGGCUUUGGAGAAGACACGCCAGGAGCUGAAUGCCACCAAGAUGCAUCUAUCCUCCACUCAGCAGUCCCUGCAUGAGAGAGACGGACACCUUAAUAGUCUUCGCCAGGAGAGACG